AUGACUGUUGGUGCCAGCUCUUCAUCAACCAAUAAUCAGAUUCUAAAGGCCGUGGGAAAGUUGACCCCAAGUAUUGUGGGGAUUCUACUAUCUUUGCAUAUUUGGGUUUAUGCUGAGCAGAUCAACCCGGGGUAUAUGCACACAAUCGUUACUUUUUAUGGUUAUGAUUGUGCCUGGACACCACACAUUUUGAUCAACGGUUUGAAUGUCUCUCCUUCCCCUUCCCUCGAAGAUCUAUCUGUUUGCGUCUUGAGUAUUGGCGCCGCAUGA